GUUAGGGAACAUCCUGACUUGGUGUAGGGGAGGGAGUGAGCUUGAUCUACAGAUUUCUUCACAUCACUGAGCCUCGCAGGACGAGUCUGUUAUUUUGGGGCGAGCUCCCAGCGAAGUCUCCAGUCUGCAAGGAUACGAGGUGGAACCGAGGCCACUCAGCUGGUCUGACUUCCAGCGAUUUCCACCCACCUGUCUCCAAGUUCCCCUGUUAACCCCAGUGAGGCCUAUCCUGCUUUAUCACAUGAAACACCAUCCGGCUGUGCGCUCCUUGCACAGCCAGGGCCACCAAAGGGCUUCCUGCAGGUAUUGGUUUCACUGAACGCGCUCUGGCAUCUGAGAAUGGAGCAAUGGGUGUUGAGCUGGAUCUUGAAUUUACUGCAGAUGGUGUCCCUGUUCUAAUGCAUGAUGAAACAGUAGAAAGGACAACUAAUGGCUCUGGAAGAUUGAGUGACCUGACUUUUGAUGAAAUUAGGAAACUCAAUCCAUGUGCAAAGCAUAAGCUAUGGCACAAAUGCCAGAAUGAAAAGGUACCAACUCUGAGAGAAGCUGUUGUGGAGUCAAUGCGUCACAACCUUAUCAUCUACUUCGAUGUCAAAGGCCACGCAAAUCAGGCAGUUGAUGCCCUGAAACAACUCUACCAGGAAUUUCCGACCUUGUAUGACAACAGCGUUGUCUGUUCUUUCACGCCAGAUGUUGUUUAUAAGAUGAGACAAGCUGACAAAGAUGUUGUAACAGCACUAACACACAGGCCUUGGCUCCUGAGUUACCUUGGAGAUGGGACACCACGUUUUUCUGCCUUCUGGAAACAUUAUUUCUAUGUGAUGGUGGAUAUCAUCAUAGAUUGGAGCCUACACAGCUUCCUGUGGCGACUGUGUGGGGUUUCAGGUUUCCUCAUCCAGAAAGACUUUGUUUCUCCAGAAUACGUAUCGCAGUGGGCUUCCAAAGGGAUUCACGUGGUUGCCUGGACAGUGAACACUUUUGCAGAAAAGAGUUACUAUGAAAAUGUCCUUGAAUGCAGCUACAUCACUGACAGCUUGCUGGAAGACUGUGAGCCUCACAUCUAGACACGUGCUUUGGAGACACUGCUGCAGGUCUGAAGUCGCCUGCAAGAGAGAUCCACUGGUGCAGAUGUGACCCCUAGUGAUAGUUCUGAGAAGAUGUUUACUCUUGCUGCAUGGACACAUCUUUAGAGCAGGAAGCCCCACUGUUGCAGCUCUGGCCAAGACUGUGGUACAGCCAUUUGCAGUCUGACGGAUCACACUGUAAUGCCAAAGGAUCAGAUCCGACGAGCUGACUGGGCCAUGCCAUGACUGUGCAAGUUGAGUUGUAUUUCCUUUGCUUUGUUUAAGUCUUGGUGAUCAAGUUCUAACGGCUAUUUUUGGCAAUUUUGAACACUUAAAAUCAUAGUAGUUUAGACAGUUUUGUUCUACAACUGUGGACUAAUUGGAAGUUGAUUAAAAAACUUCUAUGUUGCUGUUCUCAUAAAAUAACAGUGCCAAAAUAAUGGUGAAUUUAUUUCCCUCCCACUGCAUGGAGAGAGGGCUGUGCUUCAUCGUGACAAGAUAGCCAACUUUCCCUGGUCAGUGGGAAGACUGGGAGAGUUACUGAUUAAAACUUGAGUAUCUUCUGGUCCUCCAGACUUUUCAAAACAACAGAAUCUUAAGGGUUGGAAGGGACCUUGAGAACCAAGGGAGGAUAGAAAAUCACGUCUUCUAAUGAUAGAGCGCACAAAAUAUUUCUAAAAGAAAGCUAUUUAUCAAGUGCUGGUAGUAGAACAAAUAAGAGACAUUUUGAGUCUUUGCUUAUUUUUUGCAUGAUUGAAGGACACUCACAAGGAUGGGGGGAAACAGCAAUCCAGAUUUAACUUGACAGCAAGAGGGUCUGCACUUAAUUGUCUAAUAGCUCACAGCUUUGGAAUUCUUUAUCAGCUGUGCACCAGUAGAUUGAUGCAUGUUCUAACAAGUAAAACCCUUGGGAAUUCUCAGGUCUUCUGGCUCCACUCUGGAGGGAGCAGGUACUUCAAGACAAGUACCUUCUUCUGCAGGAGCAGAAAAUUCCUGUGGAGCCAGCCCUGAUAUAAGUUAGAGCACCUUUUCUCACUGGCAAAUAUACAUGGAAUUACCAAGUUUAAUCAUCUUGGAAGAAAGUGAUAGCACUCUCAAUAGAAAUGAGGAAUUUGAACACAUAACUGACUGGUUACAUGCUGCAGGUUUGUCUCACAAGCCCUCUUAGCCUGCAGGUGCAGCAGUGUGUGUUUGAGCAGAAGCAUGACCUAUUUAAACAUAAGGAAAAACUAUUUCACUGUGAAUGUGGCGUCUCCUUCCUUGGAGGUCUUCAAGGCCUGCCUGGACAUGUUCUAUGUGACCUGAUCUAGGUGAACCUGCUUCUGCAGGGGGGUUGGACUAGAUGAUCUCUAAAGGUCCCUUCCAACCCUACCAUUCUGUGAUAGGCCCAAAGAAACAGUAGUAAGGAGGUGGGUUUUCCUAUCAGGGUCAUGAGAGCCUCUUCAUCUACCUCAUGCUACAUCUCAGUCUUCUGGUGUACAGCCUAUAGCACAUGUAUGUUAAGCCCUCAGCCAGUUGCUGUCCAGCUCUUUCUUGAGUGCUGCAGCCUGUGCCUGUGCUGCUGCAUCCCACAGGCACUGCCCCUACACCCCUCAGAAAAGCAAAUGACCCUCCCAGCCCGAGUCCUGCUCCAAAGGUCCUUUUCAUGCUCCUGCUGGGACUGUGGAGUCAUGGCCCUGGUUGCAAACACCAGGCUCAUGUGCCAGGAUCCACAGCUAUACAUGCAGAAAAAAUAUCAAAUUGAUUCUCUGGUCUCAGGCUGUUUGUAAAGUUUGUACUUUUUUCUGUACCUUUGGUGUCUGGUUUUGGGUUGUCUUAUCCUAAAUUAUGAGCAUGAGGACACAAUGUGCUUCUUUCCUAAGGCACUCCUAUGUCCAAUGCAACAAAUGAAGAAUAAACCAGGCACUAGUAGAAAAUGGGCUAAAAAAAAUUAUGAAUGGGCAUGGCAAAAUUAUGACUUUGAAUAAAAAGAAGCUGCAUCAAGUGUCUCAAAGCUGUCUAUGAUAAAAUCUCAAUUGUGUUAUUUGCACUUUAUCCUUUACUGGAAAAGAUAUGUAUCAACUCUUUGUUUACAAGCAGUGGUUUUACACAGAUGAGAAUUUUUAUGAGUACUCUUAAAAAAGCAUUCUGAUAACUUGUAACAUCAAAGCUGCUUUUGGGUGACUGUAAUAAACUGUAAGAAUGGCUCAAAAUGUAAAUAUGAUGGAAACUUAACCUGGUUCACACAA